CGCGAAGUAAUCGGUGGUAGCGGUACACGAAGUAGUUUUUUUUGUAGUAGAACUGAUUACACGUUCAGAAUUAUCAUAAUUUGAAAGACUUGUAGUACACGAAACGGUAAUGAUUAAAGACUGUAGUUCAUAGUGUAGUUAGUUGUGGCUUCGGUCUGAAAUUUCUUCCUUCCUUUCUAUUUCUGUAAUUUAUCGAGCCCCGCCUUUUAUCCAAGCAGUGACUUGAAAAUCUCAAGUACAACAAAGUAAAUGAUAUUGACAGCUGCAGUGGAACAGAAAAAUCUGGAUUCGAUAAUGCUUGCUUGUAAGAAACUUAAUCUAGUACGUCCGUUUCCAUAUGUAUGGAGACUGCGCAUUUCUUUUUCCUGUUCAGCUAGAGGGAUGAAAUGGAAUCGACAGCUGAAAGUGAUCCUUAUUGUGCGUAGGAUGAGUGGGUGAUUAAAAUUUUUACUCGUCGAGUCUAAUACUACGAUCUUUAUUUCAAAUUUUAUCAUUCUUUUAUUUUUCACCGUGUCGUCGUGUUUUCUGUCGUGUGCUAUCGGUAGUUUCUGAAAACAUGAAUGAUGUUUAUCGAUCAAUUUUAAUCAAACCAAAUAAAAUGAAUUAAAUAAACGCUAUUUCAAUUGCUAAAAUACUCACGCUUGACGUAAUUAUUAGUAUGGAUCGGUCUCGGUUUGUCCAUGCUGAUUAAACGAAAUGGACGAAUCGAUGUUUCGCAAAUGUUGAUUAAAAUUCUUACAAGCGAGAGUUGCCACGUAUCUGUAAAUUCUUAAAGAAAGAAAAAUUCUCUUCUUUAUUCGCUGUCCUUCGCAUUCCCCCUCCACUUUUCCAGCUGUGUAACGGGACAUAUUUAUUCUGUUACCCACCCAUUUCAUCGCCUCACAGCAUUUUUCACCGUAUAACGGGACAAGAAUUUCGGUUGUUCGAAAAUAAAAAGAUUUUCAAUCUUAAAAUCUCGAAAUUCCGAUCGAUCUAUCUCUCUAUCUGUCGGUCUAUCUACCUCUUUUCUCUAUCGUGCGUGCCGUCAUGUUGCUCCACCUCGAGGUCUCGGAAGAGAUCGUUCGACCGCCAGCAGGUUUCGCGGACUCCCCGGAAGGGUACAGGGCGUCCUCGAAGCACGUAUCCGGGCACAGGCUCUACAAGAAGUUCGACAAGAGGUAUCGAUCGGAGGAUCGAGGCGACAGAAGGCACCGACGCGGGAGCAGAUCGGACGUUAGGGCAAAAUCGGAAGAAAGAGCUGCCCCCAGACGAGGAAGCAGAGGAUCCAUCGACGAAACCGCUGCGGGCAGGAAGAGGCUUCAAGCCAGAAGCACGGAUAUCAGUUUGGAAAUUCUCACAGGUCGCGAAGACGAGGACAGCUACGUGGAGCCGUACACGAGCAGCGAAUGGAUUUACAUCGGCGACCUCGAGGAAAGCCAUGCGUGGAGGAGGCCAGACAACAGAGACGGCGGCGAGGAGGUUCCGGAAAGUAUCGUCAAAGAGAGGAGAAGUUCUCAGGAAUCGACGGAAAGCGAGAGAAACUUUCGGAAGAAGUAUCAGGCGGCGACGCACAGGAUGGUGCAUCGAAAAAGCAGCGGGGAAAUGUAUAAAAGGAUACAGACUAAUAGUUUCGAAAGCGACAAGAGAGUUGUAGUGAAACGCGAAGCUGGCGGCGAGUUCGGGUUCCGCAUACACGGCUCGAAACCAGUGGUGGUGUCCGCCAUCGAACCUGACACCCCAGCGGAGAGCUCCGGUCUCGAAAUCGGCGACAUUGUGAUGUCGGUGAACGGCAAAAGUGUCAUGGACGCGACGCACUCGGAAGUCGUCAGGCUCGCGCACUCUGGCACCGACGUUCUUGAACUCGAAGUCGCGAGAACCUGCAACGUAUUGGCACCGAAAGUCGCCAGGCCAGGGGCGAAGGAAGGCCCUCAGGAAGCGCCGCUCUGUUCUGGAUACCUCUGGAGGAAAUCUGCUACGUCCUCGAACACGGACAAGUGGGUUCGAAGAUGGUUUGCUCUGCGUCGCGACAACUGCUUCUACUACUACAAGACUGACGCGGAUUCACAGCCAGUGGGGGCGGUAAUGCUGAUAAAAUACGACGUGGAGCAAACGCCUGAACUGAGGUUACACAGUUUCGCGAUAAAGAAACAAGGUGCACCGACGCUUCGACUCGCGGCGGACACCGAGGAAGCUGCGAUCCGAUGGAUGACCGUCAUUAAGGAAGCCAUCGAAAGAAACGAUCAGGUCGACACCUGGCUCGAGGCGUCGUUGAGAAUGCGUGAAAUGGCAGCGUGCGCCAUUCAGAGACCAGAUUGCUUCGGAUACCUCAGCAAGCAGCAAGAGCACGCGAGAAAAACAUCCUCGCCGACUGGCUGGUCCAACCGAUAUUGCGUGCUGAAAGACGCCGCGUUGUAUUUCUACGACGACGUCAACGCGGAGAAGGCAUUCGGCGUCGCUUGUCUUCACGGCUUCAGGGUGCACAGCAGCGCGCCCACUUCCGGUGGAAGGAAGCACUCGUUCGAGCUACAGCCACCCGAUCCCACGCAAAGGAGCUACAUAUUCGCCACAGAAUCCGAAAUGGACAAGAAACGGUGGCUAGCAGCUCUGGAAUAUUCGAUCGAUCGAUGGAUAAAGAUUGGUUGACAAAGGCCAAUCCACCGCACGAGGAGGCAAAGAAGUCGAAGCAGCGAAGAUCCAGUAAGGUGUCCUUCGCCUCUUCCUGUUUCCGGUUCCUAACGAACAUUGUCGCAGAUCACAAACUCACCAACCAUUGUCAUCGUCGUCUCGAUUGUCGCGCGCAAAUUCAUCAUGUGGAUCAUGUCGCAAAUACUCUUCAAAUUCGCGAUUCUUCGAAAGUCUUGACACUUUUAACAUCAGCCACAAUCGCUCCCAGAUACCUUACUUUCUCAACACGCGCUCUUAAAAAUAAGUUGCCAAAACCGUCGAGUUGUACAGCUUCUACGUACUUUAUCUUUUUGCAACAAAUUUCACAGAAUUCGAACACAGAACUAAACCAAAUCCAUUGUCACCGAUAACGUUAGAUUAUGGUCACAGGAUCCACGAUUACUCGUAUAUAAGUUUUGUACAGUUUUCUGACUCGAUUCUACGAUUCCCUCUCUCUGGUCUCGAGUUUUGUUAAAUUUUGUCUUCUAACUGUCGAUCUAUCUCUAAUUCUAACGCAUUUCGUCGAUCUCGUUGUUGCAGAUGAUUCUAAUCCCCGAUUCGUCCAUUUUACCAGGCUCGGUGUCGCUAACACACAUUUACGAUACUCGCUAGUUAUCAGUGGCGUUCUAUUUAUUAGAGUGUAAAUACUGGAGAUACGAUCAACGCUUCGAGCAACGUUUCUCAAACGUGGUCAAUGAAUUGCGAGAAAAAGAAAAUAGGGACUCGAAGGUGACGAGAAAGCGAUGAAAUAGUUUACUCUUGCCUUUAGAAAUUGAGAAACAGUGCUUCGAGUAGUUAGCUCCGGUAUCAAGUCAGACACAGAUGUUAGUACACCCCCGUUGUAAUCCCGAACUCGUGCUCGCCAUUUAGUAACGAUUGUAAAAGACUCGACUUUUGGAUUCGGUUUUUAUACAAGUGUAACGACAUCGCAUACUUUAUUGAUACGCAGGAAUUGAAAUCUUAUUCGUACGUAACGAGCGUCGAACAUCAAAAGCGAGAAUGAGCAUUGUUUAUUCACCGAUUGUGUCUUGUAUUAAUUAGAAAGAUUCCAACGUUCUCUUACGGAUAUAGGACUCGAUUUAGCUUUUAAGGAGGUGAAAAAUCGUCCACUGCGUUUUCACGAAUCUUCACGUAAACGUUUGUCAAAACGGCACAGCAAUCUACGCGCGGGACAGAAUCAAAUGGUCGCUCAAUGCUACUUCGUCUCGCUACAUACAUAACGCAACUAAAAAUCUGAAACGCAAGAUCUGGAAAGACUUGAUUAAUCUUGCUUAUUUCUAUAAAUGUUCUUUACAUUUUUUUUUUAUCGUAUAAAUAUUCAGACAAAACUUGUUAAUUCUUUUCGAAAAAGUGGAAAACGAUACGAUGGGAAUAAUCUUAGGAGUUGAGCGACCAGCUGAUCUAGUUUGGACUGUAAUCAUCCUCGUCAUACAAUUUCCUAGAAGCGAUGCGUUGUUUGUACUUAUCGUUUGUAAUACCGCGUCCAGUAUCGAUAAGCGAAUACCUUAGUAUGGUUGCCACGUUUAUUAAUUCGAUCGCGACGCACAAAGUGCCAUCACGUACAAAACGUCGAAGAAUUUAUCUAAAAUGUAUACACGGUUGCGUGAAAGGUGUUACUAUACGAAUCGUGAAUUGCGACAUUGUUUAAUUGCCCAAAACUUUCGAGAAACAAACGUUCCACUCAAUUUUUCGCUCGCAUAAAACGAGAGAAACUUUUGUCCGAAUUAAGUGACACGUAAGUGUGAUCGAAGGUUCAUUCGUAUAAUUACUGUUACAUUAACGGUGAUUAAGUACUAUCGUUUGGUCGUCGCGUGAAUCGUAUAAGUGAACAGUACAACGUAAAUUUUGCGAUUAAGUCAUUGCAGCCUGUAGAUAAUUAAGCAUUCACGGAAGAUUCACCCCAGGGAUUCGAAAUAAGGUCAAAGGCUUAAUGACUCCAGUAAUAUUCGAGUGAACCUUUCUUUCGCGUACAGAGUCGCGUGCUUGUUGCAUGAGUUUAAAAUAUUCAACCCAAACUAGGGGUGUUCGAUCGAUUUUGAAUCAAUUUUCGACCGAAGUGAUUACAAUCAAUGAUUAUAAUAUGUUUGAGAUAUUUUAAAA